AACGCUCCGCCCCGCCCCCUGGUUGGCCGCGGGCGCCUGCCCCCAGCAUGGCCUGGCGAGGCUGGCCUGCGCGUUGGCUGUGGGUCGCCGGCUGCGGGCUGCUGCUCCUCGUCCUUGUCCUGCUCGUGAGCCCCCGCAGCUGCCGAGCGCGGCGAUCCCUCCGUGGCCUGCUCAUGGCGCGCAGUAAGCGGCUGCUCUUCCGAAUCGGGUACAGCCUGUACACCCGCACGUGGCUCGGGUACCUCUUCUACCGCCAGCAGCUGCGCAGGGCUCGGAAUCGCUACCCCAAGGGCCACUCCAGAACCCAGCCUCGCCUCUUCAACGGAGUGAAGGUGCUUCCCAUCCCCGUCCUCUCAGACAACUACAGCUACCUCGUCAUUGACACCCAGGCCCGGCUGGCUGUGGCUGUGGACCCCUCAGACCCUCAGGCUGUACAGGCUUCCAUUGAAAAGGAGGGCGUUACAUUGGUGGCCAUUCUCUGCACCCACAAGCACUGGGACCACAGUGGAGGGAACCGUGACCUCAGCAGGCGGCACCAGGACUGUCGGGUAUACGGGAGCCCGCAGGACGGUAUCCCCUACCUCACCCAUCCCUUGUGUCAUCAAGACGUGGUUAGUGUGGGUCGACUUCAGAUCCGGGCCCUGGCAACCCCUGGCCACACGCAAGGCCACCUGGUCUACCUGCUGGAUGGAGAGCCCUACAGGGGUCCCUCCUGCCUCUUUUCAGGGGACCUGCUCUUCCUCUCUGGCUGUGGACGGACCUUUGAAGGCACCGCAGAAACCAUGCUGAGCUCACUGGACACUGUGCUGGGGCUGGAGGACGACACUCUGCUGUGGCCUGGUCACGAGUACGCAGAGGAGAACCUGGGCUUCGCAGGUGUGGUGGAGCCCGAGAACCCGGCCCGGGAGAGGAAGAUGCAGUGGGUGCAGAGACAGCGCAUGGAGCGCAGGAGCACGUGCCCGUCCACACUGGGAGAGGAGCGCUCCUACAACCCCUUCCUGAGGACCCACUGCCUGGCGCUGCAGGAGGCUCUGGGGCCAGGGCCAGGCCCCACUGAGGACGAUGGCUCCUCCCGGGCCCAGCUCCUGGAGAAGCUCCGCCAGCUGAAGGACACGCACAAGAGCAAGUGACAGCCCCUGCCCCCAAGCCUACCCCCUGUAGUGGGGAGGCCACCUGUCACCCGUACCACACCACCCCUCCCAUCACUACCACCACCGCCUCCAUCCGUGCCCAUGGUGGGCAUCAUUCCCUGAUGCUCUCCAGGGGAGAGGAGGGAGAGGAGGGACAAAGUGACAAGACCAUGAGACCAGGAAGAAGGGGGCUGGUCAAAGGCUUGGUGACUCCAUGGGUGAGGCUGAAUUAUCAAGGGUGACAGUCAAGGAGGGGCCUCGGGACAUCUGCAGACCUAACUGGCAGGGUGCCCUCCUCCCUUCCCCUGCUCCUGCGAUGGCAGUGAGAACAUGGAGGCUGCUGUUAGCCCCUCUGUCAGGAGGCCUGCCUUUCUCUGCAGCCCCUGACCCCAGAGCAGCAGGAGCCGUGAACAGGCUGAGUCCAUCUUCCCCCUCCUCCCAUCCCUGAGUGGGAAAGAAGCUCAGUCCCCAGAGUGGCCUGAGGUGCAGUGCCUUGGAAAACUGGUCUCAGAGGGGCAGCUGGGCUCUGGGUCACUGAGACACUGCCCCUCCCUGCCCCCACCACCGUGCUCCCAUGAAGGCACUUUCCAAACAGACACAUUUCUGAGAAAGAAGGAAGGGCCGGAAGAGUGGCUGUCUGAAAGAUCCCUGAGUCAGUGACUCUCCUGCAGCCUGGACCAAGGAGGCUCCUGCUUGGCUAGGAGACCUUAACCUCCAGCUGAGGAGACCCUGAAGGCUGAGACUGCAGCCUGAGUCUCUAGGUCGCACACGCUCCCUACACAGCGGGCCUGGUCCUGCCCGCGGGCCUCUGCCCCUGUGGUUUUGUCACUGUGGCCCUUAUUCUUAGGAACUGUUGCCUUCCUUAGCUAACUCAUCUUUUACUUAUGAAGACAUCCAUCUGGCCCCUUGUAGUUUGCCAAGAACAUUCCAUGUCAUUUCUCAUUCGGUCCUUGGCCCCAUCCUGGCUGGGGGCAGGGGGUCUGUGCAGUCACCAGAAGUCUGGAAGCGGAGAGCUCUCACCUGAGUGGCAGCUCCCACGACCCCAGGCCGGGGCCCUUCCCUCAGCUCAGCUUCCGCUCUGGUCUCGGGUCCAGGUCCCUUGGGGCCACAGUGAGGACCCCUGUGGUCCUCAAGCAGGCAUACCUCGGGUCAGCCAGGAGUCCUCUCUUCCCCUGGCUCUGCUCACCUCUGGGGGGCCCUGGAGAGGCCAUCUGCCCUCGUUUCCUCCUCAUCAUUCCUGCCUCUUCUGCCUCCCUCUCCAGCCACAGCCCCUGGUACCAACUCGAGCAAUACCGCCAGAAUAGUUAGAGUUCCCCAGCCUCCAAGACAUGCAGUUUCAUGCCUCUGUGCCUUCGCUCAUGCUGUUUCUUCAGACUGGAAUGCCUUUCCCUGCUCCUCCUGCCUUGUCUGCCUGGCAAACACCUAUUCAUCUCUCACAAUCCCCCUCAAAGGCCCCUUCCUCCAGGAAGACAACCCCCGUAUCCCUUCCCUUCCAGGCUACCUCUGCUCUUUGUAAAUGCUUCUCUCUGGCACUUACCACACUGUAUUUUACUUGUUUACAUGUUGUCUCCCCUUCUAGACUGUGAACCCUUCAGGGCAUGGACUGUAUCUUAUGCAUCUCUGUAUUUCUGCGCCUAGCACGGUGCCUGGCACACAGUAGGCGCUCAAUAAAUGUUGAAUGAAUGAAUGAUCUAA